AAAUCCCAGCCGUUCCACAUCGUACGCUUCCUGGAGGUGGAGCACGCCAGCGCCCUGAUGGAGAGUCUGAUGGAGAGUCUGGCUCCAACAGCUCCGUAUAUACCGCUAGAGAAGACCGUUAGCAGGGAGGAGAGCUUCAUCGUAGAGGACGGAGAGAGACCAGACGACAUGGGUACAGCAGGACUCACCUGGGAGAGGCCCCUGCAUGGCCAUAAUGUUCCUCCUCACGUGGGAGACCUGAUCAAGUUCCUGACUAAAAAAGGAUGCUCUGCCAACAUGAGACCCAAAGUCCUGGAGCUUAAAGCACUGCUGGAGUCUCCGUUGAGCUUUGAGAACUACAAAGAGCGUUUCCAGCUGCUUCUGCAGCUGGAGGAGAAUCAGAUGCUGGUGGACAUCCGGGCGUACGACAUGAAGGACGCUAAGAUGGUCAGAGACUAUUACAACAAGAAGCUGCUGGUGCUGAAGGUGCCUGGAGUUGCGGAGAAUCGUCCCUCUGUACUCAGGGGAGACCACCUCCUGGUCAUCAAGUCAAAAGAGCGCCAUCUAGAGCCCUUGCGCAAGCACAAGGGCUACGUCCAUCAGGUAGAACUGGAUCAGGUCAAACUGGGCUUUGGACCUAAGCUGCUGAAUGCCUUUGCGGACGGCAUGGCCUUUGAUGUGGAGUUCACGGUGAACCGGCUGCCCAUCAGGCUCCAGAACAGAGCAGUGCAGUUGGCCAAGGAACACAACCUACGUGAGCUGCUCUUCCCCACAGGGGCAAAGGUCACGACCUCUGCAGAGCUGCCCAGGCUCAGGCUGUAUGACCGUAAGCUGGAGGGCAACAGUGAGCAGUACAGUGCUGUCCAGAGCAUAGUGGCCGGAGUGUCCAGACCAGCUCCUUACCUGCUGUUUGGACCACCUGGGACCGGCAAGACCGUCACCGUCGUGGAGGCCAUCAAACAGCUGUAUGAUUCUCCCUGCUGCACCCACAUACUGGCGUGCGCUCCCUCUAACAGUGCUGCUGACUUGGUGUGUGAGAGGGUUCUGGAACACGCCGACACACACCAGGUCUACCGCCUCUACGCCAGCAGCAGAGACCCCAGAACUAUACCCCAGCCACUCAAGGAUCGGUGCAAUCUCAGUGGGGAUGGAUUUGUGUUCCCCUGCAAGGAGGAGUUGAUGAAGUACAAGAUUCUGGUGACCACUGUCAUAACAGCUGGCCGCCUCGUAAGUGGAGGUCUACCUACUGGUCACUUCAGUCACAUAUUCGUGGAUGAGGCUGGACAUGCAACAGAGCCAGACACCAUAAUAUCUGUGGCAGGAUUACUGGACCCCAAGUCAGGUCAGCUGGUUCUGGCUGGAGACCCUAAGCAGCUCGGCCCCAUCCUCAGAUCACCCAUCGCCAAGAAACACGGCCUGGAUGUGUCUCUGCUGGAGAGACUGAUGAGGGAUAACCGUCUGUACCAGAAGGACGAGGCAGGAUGCUACAACAUCUGCUACGUCACCAAACUGCUGCUCAACUACAGGUCCCAUAAGAGCAUCCUGAAGAUCCCUAAUGAUCUGUUCUAGGAUGGAGAGCUGGUGGCCAGCGCUGAUGAGAUCGCCACUCACAUGUACUGCAGAUGGGAGCACCUGCCCAAGAAGGGUUUCCCAUUGAUCUUCCACGGCGUGAUGGGGAAGGACGAGAGGGAGGCCAACAGCCCGUCCUUCUUCAACCGCUCCGAGAUCAUUGUCGUCAUGGGAUACCUGAGGAGGCUGCUGCUGGAGGACCAGGGCAAGAAGGGCGCGGCCCGCAUCUCCCCCAAAGACAUCGGGGUCAUCGCCCCCUACAGGAAACAGGUCCUGAAAAUCCGAGAGGCGAUUACAAAGCAGAAAGAGUUGAGGGAGAGAGAAGACAGUAAGCUUCUCAAGGUGGGCUCAGUAGAAGAGUUUCAGGGACAGGAGAGAAGAGUGAUUAUCGUGUCCUGUGUACGUAGCAGUGGAGAACACAUCACCAUUGAUCAGAAGUUUAGUAUUGGCUUCCUCAAGAACGAGAAGAGGUUUAACGUGGCCAUGACACGAGCUAAAGCCCUGCUCAUCGUGGUGGGAAACCCUGUUAUCCUCAGAACAGACCCUACCUGGGGCAGGUUCAUCCAGUACUGUGUGGAGCAGGGUGGGUACACUGGAUGCCCGAACUCUUCUCCUGAUGAGGCGCUGCAGGCACAACUCGCUGCUCUUCACCUGGAGUCUGAGGAGCCAGUGGACACAGGCGAGAGUGUCGUGCAGCAGAUGGUGGAACCCGAGUGGAGAAAUGAGCAGUAGCCUGAUUAUUGAAGCUGUACACACACACACACACACACACACACACGCACACGCACACACACACACACACACACACACACACACACACACACACACACACACACACACACACACACACACACACACACACACACACACACACACACACAGUGUGGAGCCACAAAGGUCUAUAUCAGAACGUUUCUUGAUGCAUGAAUUUAGUCUGGAAUGGAAUGUAUUUUGAAAUGUAUUUGUUUGGUUGUUUAUCUUUUGAUUAUUGAUGUUUUUAAUCACAAUUGCUUACUGAAGCAUGUAGGGUUUGGUUUCAAAGAUGACACACUUUCAUAGUGCACAAAAGUGUGUGAAUGAAAUGAUACUGUACUGACUAGCUGUUUAAAAUAAAUAUAUGCACGAUUACUGUGACUGGUGUGUUGACCCCAAAUUUACAGUGUGUUGGCAUGGAACAAACUUAUAGAACCUUAUCUUAUAGAACCUAUACCGUACAGCCCUAGCACUGAUAACUUAUUUUCAGUAUUUGUAUUUAUUUAUUUUCCAUCAAUAUGUGGAGUUAAUUUUAG